UCACAAAGGACUGAGGAUUUCAGUGAAACACAAGCGCCUGUGACCUGUUGAAUGUACGCAUAUCAUACACACACAUCGCGGUGUCUCUCGGUGUGUAAGCAAGUAGUUCUGCCGCUUAUCGCCUUGGUCUGAAGAUGUGAUGGUCAAACACAGAUAGAUGACCUAGUAUGAGAAUGGUCAUCUCGCUAAUUGACCGCUAGCUGGCCUUAGGGGGAGGAUAAUGGACACAACAGCAUGGACUAAGGGGUGAAAAGACACUGGCAGGCAUUAUGAUGUUUGGGAUAUUGAAAUGAAGUGGUUUCAUCGUUGGAAAAACUGUGGUAUAUUAUAUAAGUUUUAACCAAACGCCUGCAGGUAUGCGGUUCGUGUAAAAUCAACGACACUUUUCAAAUAUAUAUUUCAAGAUUCAAGGAGUGAAAUCACUGGAUAUAAUGUAUAUGUAUAUAAUCAGCCAACAAGCCUCUGGUCCUGACAGACCAAGCUGCCGAUGACGGUAGUGCGAUGGAAGACUACGGAGGAGGAGGUCGUCGAAGGGGCAGAUGUAAGUGGUUCAACGUUGCAAAAGGAUGGGGAUUUGUAACACCAGACGACGGUACACAGGAUGUUUUCGUUCACCAGUCCGUCGUACACAAGUCUGGAUUCAGGAGUUUAGCGGAUGGGGAGGAGGUUGAAUUUGAAAGCAAACCCUCCGAUAAAGGAGUGGAGGCGACGUUUGUGUGUGGUCCUUCCGGAUCUGAGUGCAGAGGGAGUGACAGACGACCGCUUUCCCGAAAGAAAUUCAGAAAAAUAAGUGUUCACAGGUGCUACAAUUGUGGUGAUUUAGGGAACCAUAUAGCGGCUAAAUGCCCUCAUGGUCCCUUACCAAAACGCUGCCACAACUGCAAGUCCGUCGACCAUUUGAUUGCUGAUUGUCCAAUGAAGGAACCCCUGAAGCGGUCGCGCAAUGAUACAAACGGCGGAGGAGCUUCCGGCAUGGGAAAUGGGCACGAUACAGACCACGGGAGUAACAUGUUUUACCCCGUUUGAUGACAAGAUAUAACUACUGAUUCCACUUUCAGCAGGUAUUUUGUGUGAUUCAUGAACAAAAUGACGUCAUCCUAAAGUGCUCUGGAUGUGGAGAAGAGACGGUAGACAAGAUACAUAUGUCUGUUAAGGCUAAAAGGAGAUCACCAAGUCAAAAUUUACGCACAUUUUUUCUUUUAAAAAGUCAUAUUUUAAAUUGACAAAUACUAUCACCUCAUGUUGGUAAAUGUUUUAGAAUGUGUUUCUUUAUACGUGUAACAAGUGAGAGGUCAUCUGACGCGUGCUUGUCCAAGCAAUAUAGCUAAAAUCAAUUUCAGUAUAAUUUCAUUCUGUGAUAAAGAAAAUUGAAAUUGACAUAAAAAUCAACAUAUAUGAGGAUUUCAAAUAAUCCUCUGAAUAUAAGGAACAUCAAAAUAAGCUAAUAGAGCUUUGAACAUUAGGGUCAUGUGAUUACUUAUUACCGUAUCUAAAGUAUGGACUUGGGUUUCUUACCGAGAGUGAUAUGAACUAUGGAGCGAGCAUUUGUCUUUCCGUGACUUUAUACUCAACGUGAUCUACCUCAUCAACGUUACCUGAAUUCCGUACAAUGUGAAUUAUUUGUAAUGUAAUUUGUUAUUUACGUGUUGAUAGUAAGAUAAUUUGUGUUCGUUCUAAUGAUGUAUAAGCAGGUUUUGUCAGGAAAUUUUCAUUUUAAUCACGUUUCAACAUCAAUGGAUGGGCCGAUUUAAAACAAAAAUAUCGUUAAUAAUUUGAAGAGACAUAAAAAUGGUUGUAUAUCAUAUUUUGAUAAUUUUCGUUCUCUAAAAGCGAUAUAUAUGCCGCUGGUGACUUUUGUUUUGUGUGUUUUUGUAAAUUUGAUUACCUGUGAAUUUUUCCUGAAUAACAAACUUGAAAACAAUAUUUAACCUUUUUCCAAACCUACCUCAUAUUUGUGGGGUUGCUAUGUUGUGAGUUAAAACGUGUUGUACCUGUAAACAUUUUUGAUACAGGAAUUAUUUUGCAUUGCCGUUCCUAUAAACAGAGAUUUUAACGAGAGAAGUCACGACCACAAUUAAUUACGACUGUGUGUAUACAUAGAAUUUUUCAUAGCAUUUUUAAAAUUGGUUUAUGUUAUUUUUCUAGGUGCUUUAAGACGUGACAUCUGUUAAUUACACAUUUACAGGGUCAGUUUUAUCCUGGUGACACAGACGAAUUAUCAAUACACAUAUAUCCCAACACGAUAGUGAAGUGCAAGGCAGCUGUCUGAUAAUGACAAAGUCUAGGUGAAAUUAUCAUAGAGUCCAGAAAUAUUCAUUACGUUUGAGAAAAUAUUAUACAAAACUUUAACUACAUUAUUAUUGAGCUACAGAAGAUUGAAGACCAAAGCAAGAUUAUUAUCAAGUUAUUGUUUAGUUUUUUUUUUCAAUUUGUUUUUAUGAUUUAAUGGUGCUUGUCUUACCUAGUCAAGCGUCGAGUUAAAAUUUAUUUUUGUUUUCUGUUACUUAUUCUUUUGUGGAGGAAGGAUUCAUCUGAUCAUAUGUCAUUAUAUUUCCAUUUCUGACGCCAGGCAUUAAUAAGUAUCACGUGCUCAAUCAAAUGUAUAUUGUAAGCUUAUUCAAUAUCUGUAUAUUGCGCCGACAAAGCUUAUUUCUACUUCACGUGAUCAAUUUGUGGAUCACGUAGUCAAACAGAAUGUGUGUACCACGUGAUCACGUUGUUUCGGGUGACCACGUGAUCAAAUGCGUUUCCCGUGAUCACGUGAUCAGGACAAAUGCAUACAAAACAGAAUGGAAUUUAUCAUUUAAUGUGAGGAAGUAUCAACACAAUGGACUAUGUUUACUCCAAGAAUCGAUAUAAGUGUUAACUUUGUGUGUUAUAUUAUGCCCAAAGUUUCAUACAUAGUGUGGAAUUUUGCAAAUGAUAAUCUCAUUGCUGAUCUAAUAAACGUACUUUAAAUAUACUGAUUAGGUGCUGAUUAUAUUCGAACGUCGAUUGAUUAAUUAUUUUUGUUGCUUUUGAGCUUUGUAGCCAUGUUAUAUUGUUAAUAAUGUUUUAAAUAUCGAUCGACAAUUUUUUCGCGAUGUGUAUGAUUGCAAAUACACAUUUAGAAUACAAUAAUGUACAUUUUUCACUUCAGUUUUGAAGUCUUAAAACUAAUGAAAACACUUUUACCUCAGUAUCACCCUUUAAAUAUCAUCACCUAUCGAAACACAUUAUGUAAAGGUUAUCAUUCAAGGAUAGAAUAAAACUAAUUAAUGUAAAAUCAAUUAAAUAUUACAAAAUAACUGAUGUUUUGUUUCACAGUUUCAGGGAAAAUACACCUCUUUUGCCUCAAAUGAUUUGUACAACCGUGAAAAUUGAACAAUCUAAGCAUACAUCUUCUACAUUUACAUACUUUUAUCUUAUAAAUGUGCAUCGAGACUAUCAAUAUUCCUAAGGUAGCAGCUAGUGUAAUAGACAUUGGACAUUAUCACCAGCAAUUAAGUGCUAUUAUUUAUCACUAACCAGUGUGACAACUCAAAUAGAAAUAUUUAGUUAUAUGAUCACCCAAAUAUAUAUCUAACUCUAUACUAUAUCACCUCAUUGUCAAAAAUUGUAAAAAAUGAUAAUCCUUUAAAGCACACGUUUGCAUUGGACGAUACUCAAAUUCACUUCCCAAGAUUUAAUUAAUUCAUUCAUUCAUUAAUUGAUAUGUGCUGUUACAGUUUCAAACGUGAAUCUCCUUUUUAAAACUAUUAUUUUUGAUAUAUAGAUGUCAUCUUAAAUUUCAAUUUAGAAUAGACUUGUAUUGAUUGGACCAUAUUUAAAUAAAAGAACAGCAAAGGAGAACGAGUAAACCAUGAUCUAAUUUCGAAACACUGGCCGUUAAUUUAGCUUAAUUAUGUAUUUGAUCAAAUGUGUUUUACCACACAUAACCGACGAAUUACUUUGGACUUCUGUGUUAUUGUUUAUCUUUUAAUGCGGAUUCAGUGUUGAUAACCAUACGACUUAACAAGUUAGGGGUCCAUUAAUUGUAAUCUAAAGCAAAACAUAUGUAUUUGUGACAUCAAACAAAUUUUCUCUAAAUUAUUGCAUCUUGAGAUUUAGUGAUUUUGAAAUGUGAACUUUGCUUAAAAGCUACAUGUACUAAGUAUCCGUUUGUAUAAUUUACCACAAAGCAUUUUGGAGACUUCCUCUACCGUUUUUCUUGAUUUUGUUUUAUUUUUAGACAAAUAUUUAGAAAUGUUUAGAUAUAUAUGAUUGAUUUUAAGGAAAUGUUCAUUGUUUGAUUAUUGUUUUUUGUAUUCUUUGUUUGUCAAUGUUUACCUUUGAUUUUGAGGAUGACAAUUGUUUACCUACAUCCUCGUCAAUAACUAUAACAAGAGCUUGCUUUGAAAAAUAGAGGUAAAAAUUAAAUUUAAGGAGGAAAAUCAUUCCAUAUACAUCGAUAAGUCUGCUGCAUGCUUUCUUCUUUUAUUGAUUGUACAACAGAUAUUAAAUAUAUAAAUUAGAAAAGUAUUUUGAGCUUUUGGUGAAAUCCGGGUGAUUAUUUUAAGUUAAUUUAUAAACUGUUUAUCGAAAAUUUUGAGAUUGAGAUUUUGAUCGUGUUAAUUCAGAAAAACAUUCUCCUCUCCGUGAGUUUACCACUGUUGUGUAUGAUUCAAAUGAAGUUUUUCAAAAGAUUAAACCAUGCAGCGUAUCUUUGAAUCUCAAACUAUUGUGUAAUGGUAAUAAAGCAUUAAAGACGUGAAUGAUAGCGACAAUAUUACGUAUUCUAUUUAACAGAUACUUUUUUUAAAUACAGAAGAAAUAAUGAAUGGUGUAACGGUAUAUUACGUCAAUGUUUUAUGUAGAUUCGACCAUACGGAAUUCCUUUUGAAUUAUAUCAAUGAAAUGCCGCCAUACAUUUGGAAACAAAAAGAGAAAUUUGAAAUAAUGAACUAUGUUCUUCGAACUAUUGAAAGAUAAUAAUGCCGUUAUACGUGUUUAAUGUAAGACAUGGAAAUCAAUAUCUUAACAUGAACAAGAGUGAUGAAAUAUCUUUGAAUUGUUAAAUUACAUCACGGGAUUGGGGAAAAGCCCUGUUGUAUUUAUACCUUAGAAGAAUAACAAUUUGUUAGAGAGAAAAUGAACUACUCAGUACUGAGGCUAAUUAAAAAUACGGGUGGCGUGACCAACAUACAGUAUUAUAUAGAUAAAACAUCCCUUAUGAUCAAAAUGUAACGAAAUGACCAUUUGUUUAUUAUUGAAAACAACCAAAUAGUUAUCUUUCGAAGGCUAUGUAUAUGUAUCUGUUCAUUACUUCAUAUUAAUGGAGAACAUAUAUUUAUAGCUGUUAUUUUAAAGAACAAACGGUCAUUUCCUAGAGUAAAAUCCUUUUUUCAAGAAUACACGUUUUAUUAAAGGGCGAUUGAGAAACACACGAUAACUUGCUGUGCAUACGUUAGUUACAACGUUAGUAUAUUUGUUGUAGGACGUUUUGGGUAGAUUAUUGAAAUUAUUUGAAUAAAAUCAUGAAAAAUCAA